AGUUUACGGGCCGUGCUGCAGGCUACUAGCGGGGAGCGCUAUGGCCGCCGGCGCUAAGUCCUUCCUGGCUGACGCGGGCUACGGCGAGCAAGAGCUGGACGCGAACUCCGCCCUCAUGGAGCUGGACAAAGGCCUCAGGUCUGGAAAACUUGGGGAGCAAUGUGAAGCUGUUGUCCGUUUUCCCAGGCUCUUUCAGAAAUAUCCAUUCCCUAUUCUCAUUAAUUCUGCAUUCUUAAAACUGGCUGACGUUUUCAGAGUUGGAAACAACUUCUUGAGGCUGUGUGUCCUGAAAGUUACUCAGCAGAGUGAAAAGCACUUAGAGAAGAUCCUGAAUGUGGAUGAGUUUGUGAAAAGAGUUUUCUCUGUAAUUCAUAGCAAUGAUCCAGUUGCCCGAGCAAUCACACUGAGGAUGUUGGGGAGUAUGGCAUCCAUAAUCCCAGAAAGGAAGAAUGCACAUCACAGUAUUCGCCAGAGCCUGGAUUCCCAUGAUAAUGUUGAGGUCGAAGCUGCUAUAUUUGCUGCUGCUAACUUUUCUGCACAGUCAAAGGAUUUUGCUGGAGGAAUCUGUAACAAAAUCAGUGAAAUGAUUCAGGGCUUAGCCACGCCAGUGGACUUGAAGCUGAAGUUGAUCCCCAUACUACAGCACAUGCACCAUGAUGCCAGCCUGGCCUCUAGCUCCCGUCAGCUUCUCCAGCAGCUGGUAACAUCCUAUCCUUCCACCAAGAUGGUCAUUGUUACUCUCCACACCUUUACCUUGCUUGCUGCUUCUUCUUUGGUGGACAUACCCAAACAGAUUCAGCUUUUGCUGCAAUACUUGAAAAAUGACCCAAGGAAAGCUGUGAAAAGACUUGCUAUCCAAGAUCUAAAGUUGUUGGCAAACAAAACCCCACAUACAUGGAGCAGAGAAAACAUUCAGGCACUCUGUGAAUGUGCUCUUCAAACUCCUUAUGACAGCUUGAAACUAGGCAUGCUAUCUGUCCUUUCCACGCUGUCAGGAACUAUUGCCAUCAAACAGUACUUCAGCGUAGCUCCAGGAACAACAGCUACAACAGCAAGAUCAUUUGACUUAGUAAAGCUGGCACAGGAAUGCUGUUACCAUAAUAACCGUGGCAUUGCUGCUCAUGGUGUGAGAGUUCUGACUAAUAUAUCUGCUUCUUGCCAAGAAAAAGAUCUCCUGGCUUUGGAGCAAGAUGCUGUCUUUGGCCUCGAGUCUCUUUUAGUUCUUUGUAGCCAAGAUAACAGUCCAGGUGCUCAGGCAACCUUAAAGAUUGCACUAACUUGUAUGGUGAAGCUGGCCAAGUGUCGUCCCCAUCUGAGCCAAUCGGUGGUUGAGUCCUUGCUGACACAGUUGCACAGUGCUCAGGAUGCUGCUAGAAUUCUCAUGUGCCACUGUUUAGCAGCAAUUGCCAUGCAGCUGCCUGUUUUAGGUGAUGGCAUGCUGGGAGACUUAAUGGACCUCUAUAAAGUGAUUGGACGAUCUGCUACAGAUAAACAACAGGAACUUUUGGUAUCCCUCGCCACAGUGAUAUUUGUUGCCAGUCAAAAAGCUUUAUCUUCUGAAGUUAAAAAUGUUAUCAAACAACAGCUUGAGAAUGUCUCCAAUGGAUGGACAGCAUACAGGAUAGCCAGGCAGGCCUCCAGAAUGGGUAAUCAUGACAUGGCCAGAGAACUGUAUCAAAGCCUGCUGACUCAAGUGGCUUCAGAACACUUCUACUUCUGGCUGAACAGUUUGAAGGAGUUUUCCCAUGCAGAGCAGUGUCUGACGGGGCUUCAAGAAGAAGAUUAUAGUUCAGCACUCUCUUGCAUUGCUGAAUCUUUAAAAUCUUAUCACAAAGGGAUAGCAUCGCUAACGGCUGCCAGCACACCACUUAACCCUCUGAGCUUUCAAUGUGGGUUUGUCAAGCUCAGGAUUGACCUUCUGCAGGCUUUCUCUCAACUCAUCUGCACCUGUAACAGCCUAAAAACUAGUCCACCACCUGCCAUUGCCACAACAAUUGCAAUGACAUCAGGAAAUGACCUCCAGAGAUGUGGGCGCAUCUCUACCCAGAUGAAACUCUCCAUGGAAGAAUUCCGUAACCUGGCUACACGAUAUGGGGAUCUGUAUCAGUCAUCUUUCGAUGCAGACUCGGCAACUUUAAGGAAUGUAGAAUUACAACAGCAGAGCUGCCUAUUGAUUUCACAUGCAAUUGAAGCCCUGAUUUUGGAUCCAGAAUCUGCAAGUUUCCAGGAGUACACCUCGAGUGGAGCAGCACAUGUUGAGAGUGAAUAUGAAAGAAGAAUGAUGUCUGUAUUUAAUCAUGUGUUGGAGGAAGUGGAAUCAUUGAACAGGAAAUAUGCUCCUGUGUCUUACUUGCACACAGCUUGCCUAUGCAAUGCAGUUAUCGCCUUGUUGAAAGUUCCCCUUUCAUUUCAAAGGUAUUUCUUUCAGAAAUUGCAAUCUACAAGUAUUAAGCUCGCUCUGUCACCAUCUCCACGGAACCCUGCAGAGCCCAUUGCUGUACAAAACAAUCAACAGCUGGCUUUAAAGGUGGAGGGAGUGGUUCAGCAUGGCUCCAAACCAGGUCUCUUCCGCAAAAUUCAGUCUGUCUGUCUAAACGUAUCUUCAACACUGCAGAGCAAAUCUGGACAGGACUACAAGAUCCCCAUUGACAACAUGACCAAUGAGAUGGAGCAGAGGGUGGAACCACACAACGAUUACUUCAGCACUCAGUUUCUGUUGAACUUGGCGAUCCUUGGAACCCAUAACAUCACAGUAGAGUCUUCUGUAAAAGACUUAAAUGGUAUUGUUUGGAAGACUGGGCCCAAAACCACCAUUUUUGUUAAAUCUCUUGAGGAUCCCUACUCCCAACAGGUUCGCCUUCAACAACAGCAAGGACAGCCACCGUCGCAGCAACAGCAGCAGCAGCAAAGAACAGCAUACUCGCGUUUUUAGUCCCCAAAAGUGCCAUUAAUUUUCAUGGGUCUAGCCUACAGGCAUCUCACUUUGCUUGGAUACGCUGUCUUUUGGAGACAUUUAAAUGCUUUGGCAGUCCCACAAGUUUCCUUCUCUGUGUUCUUAGUGCCAUUAUUGUUGCACUUAAACUAGUCAUAUGGACCACACUGAGGCUAUGUCCAUGAUACAAGCUACAAGUUAUGAUUCCCAUCUUGUAUACACACAUUCAUGCUAACUUGAUGAGAGCUAGCAUGAGAGUAAAUAGUAGUGUAGCCAUGGUAGCAUGGCUUAACCAUACCAAGUACAAACCCGCCUGAACGCCAUGGGUGUGUAUUCAGGAUGGCUUAGCCAUCCUGCCAAUGCCCACACUACUGUGGCUACACUGCUAUUUAUACUCAUGCUGCACUUAUCACUGCAAAUAUGUCUACGCAAGCUGGGAAUCACAUCCCUUGGUCGUGUAGACAGCCUGAGUCCUGGUGUAAAUAGGUACAACUUGGGUUAAGUCUGGAGUUCCAUUUUUUAUACUAAGUCUACAAUUUCUCCCCCCAGCUGUAUAUUCUCCAAGACCAAUGGCAGCAGUGCUCUAUGAAAUUAGCCAGUAUGGGAGACUGUGAGAGUUGUGUGGAUAGAACCUUCCUUGGUAACCUAGCAUAUCAACUGUGCUAUGUAUUUGACCGCCAUUUCCUGAGGAGCAUACGUUCUGGUGUUUGGGCUCUCAGGCCACCUGCUAACAGCCUGGACAAUUCAAUACAAUACAAAACAUAAGUGUUACACAAGGUGGGUGUCUCGUAAUGUGAAGCUGUUGGCAGGAAUGUCCGGACAUCAUAUUGGAUGGUUAUAGUAGUAAUUUUAGUAUUUGUGAAGCUGAAAAAUAUUGUGGUAGCAUUCCAGCCAAUAGCAUUGUAUUUAAUGUGCACACAGAGCUGGCUUUGCUCAUUCUCUUGCCUCUGUAUGUACUUGUCCUGAAGGGAUGCCAACUGGAGAACAGAUAAAUUACUUUUAAAAGAGAAGUGAAGUUUCAGUGGUGGGAACAGAUAUGAUAGGUUGUGCCUCCUCAAACAGGAGGAUAGAAAUGGCUUUUUUGUUUCAUCUUUAUCUGCCUUUGCAAGGCUUUGUUUACUUAUUUUUUUUUUUUUGAAAAGAGGAAACCUUAAUUUGUAAAUCUGUUUAAUGUUUAACGUUUUAAGUAGGGGACUAUUAAAUGCCAAAGCUGUGGUGCUCAGUCAGUAUGAUCUUUUACCAUGUUAGUCAUUUUAACAGAGAUUUCUUGAAGCAUUUUGCCAUAAAUAGCACUACUAGAAGUCUAAUUAUACCACCUGCUCACAAAUAGUUUUCAUUCCUCCUUUGAAAUGUGAAACCUUGAAGGCUGUGGAGGGACUAAAAUCCACUAAUGCCUGCAUCCCCAGAAAAUAAUCAUGUGGCAUAUGCCUAAUCUAUCCCUCUUGGGAAAUCCCUGCUUAAUGCUCCAAAGGCAGGUUGGACCCUGCCAGUGUGCUGGGGACAAGCUUCUUUUGGACUUUGCAGCCACUUUAAUUUCUAUGCAUGGGAGCAGGAAUUAAUUUGUGAAUUUCUAAUAUGCCCAUUACGCUGGCAUUUAGGUUCCAUCAGCUCAAUGCUGUAUGUGAACCUCACUCAUUUAAAAAAAAAACUUUAAUCUGUUAGCUAUAACAUGGCAUCUCUAAUGGGAGGUUGAAUGCAGUUGUUUUUUUUUAAUUUCAGUAUCUGUCUAUUCAGAUGGGCUUCACUCUAGAAGCUGGCAAGAGCCUCUGGCCUUACUUUUUGUACAUAUAGAAUGUCCUGUUUUCAACAUUCACCUGCUCAGCAUAGCUGGAUGAUGUGUAGAGAUCUGUUACCUCUUUUCCUUCUUAGGCAAUAGCCUACUUUGCCUCCUCUUGACUUGUGACUCUCAAAGAAGGAAAUUGGAAGCAAGCAUGGGUGGGCUUCAUCAACUUUGGGUAUUAAUUCCUGAGUGUUUUGAAAGAAAUAAGGGGGAUACAAGACACAAAUAGGAGGAGGGUCACAAAAUAAAAUCUCUUCUCUCCCCCCCCGCAACCCCCAAAAAAUUGAAAUUAGAAAACCUAACAGGAAAUCUGCCUUUUGCUUAUGGAUUCUACUAGUAGUUCAUUCAGUGGGGAGUGGCUGACAGGUUGAGACCUGAUCUAGGCUUAACAUUUAAGUCAGUACACCUGUAUCACUUGAGGUGUGAAAAAAUCUAUCCCCCUAACUGUUGUUGCUAUGCUGUCCUAACACCUGGUAUAGAUGCUGGUAGGUCUUAACUACUGCCAUUCUGGGAGGUGGUGUUCCUACACUGACAAUAAAAAACCCUUCUAUCGGUGUAGGCUGUGUCUACACUGUGGAGUUAUGCCAGCACCAUUGCUAUGCCAGUAUAGUUCCCGUAGUGUAGACAUAUCCUAGGUGAAAAGGAAAUGGAUUUUCUUGAUGUGCACAGUGGUACAUGACAUAGCAUGACAUUAUAAAUAUCAGCCUGGUUAUUGAAAGAACAUGAGUGGAGAAAUGAGGCAGAGGGCAGAUGGCCUGGAAAGCUGGUACUGUCUUUAAAGGUGAUACCUAGGUAUAUACAUGGUCUCACUGUAAUAGCCAAGCUCCUCACAAACAUUAAUUUAUUCUCAGGACAUGCCUGUGGGGUGAAGUAUUCCACCCAUUUUACAAAUGGAGAACUGAUGGCUGGAGAGAGAAAUGACUCAGCUGUGGUCACAUGAGAAGUCUGUGGCAGAGUUGGGAACUGAACUCUGAUAUCCCAGUCCAGUGCUUUAACCACAAGACCAUCCUUCUUAAUAGCUGUAAACUCCAUAUUAGAUUCAUUUAUGGAACAGAGAGAGACUAGGGCCUUGCUGCAUCCACUCCAUGCAUGGAGUUGGUAUUUGCCAUGCCUCCAGGAAUAGGGGGGUGACCAUCCUUAUAGGGAAAAUAACAGAAGAAAAGGUAAAAGGUUAAACUAUUCAGCUCCUACUCUAGAGAAUGAAUAUUGGUUCUUACCCUGUUAUAAAUUGACAUAAUAUAUGGAUGAAAAUGCGUUGACUGCAACUUUACAAGACAACCGAGAACUGAAAGGAAAUCGUGACAGUAGGACUGUAGAUCUUUCUUAAUUUGGAAUUAAUAAAUGACAGGAAUGUU